AUGGGCCUCAGCGGGCUGCUUGAUGCGAAGGCCAUUGUGCUUGAGGCGUUGCGGCCCGCCGCUUUUGAGCCAAGUGUCGGGGAGGUUAGUGAUGCGAAGAAGAUGUUUGGUACCUUCAUCCUCCCCGAACUCGAAAUUCCGCUCGCCGAAAAGUCCACAAAUGAGAUGCUCGAUGCCUCUGAUGUGGCUAUUGCGAAGGCACUUUGCACAUCAGAGAAGGAGAAAGCACAGCGGCUGCAAUCUGAAUUAAGCGAAAUGAAGGCUUUUAACGAUGAUGCCCUUAAUGUCAUUGGGGAGCUUGAGCCGAAGGCGGUCGUCGUGUGCGAAGCAAUCAGUCAUACCUUCGAAGGUAUUGGCGCCUCGGCGACUCCCCCAUCAAUAGAACUUGUCGGGCUGGGGAGACUUAUAAGUUGGAUCAACAAAACCAGUGGAAGCCUCCUUCCUACCGCGCAACUUUACGGCAACUUCUGCGCGAUGGUUGCCACCCAAAGUCUCAUGCAGUCUGUCGAGACGACGGGUUGUGACCAUCAUACUGCUCUCCAAAGGCCUUCCUUCCAGUACCCGGCGGAUCUGUCGCCUUCGGCCGUUAAGAAGGCGUCGAAGAGCACCGCUCGAUCAUUCACCACCAAUUAUUGGUCCAAGCACGGCCGCGAGCUCGCUCUUCGAGAGGCCGAAAUGAAUCGACAAAGGCACGGUGCAACAACUCUUGGCCCCGUGCUACGGGACUCCGCAUCCAUCCCUGACUUCUCUUCCUCAUCUCACUCCACCGCAUGUAUCGAUGCCAUUCACCCCCGCCGCCAUCGCCGCCACGCCGCCGCCCCUGCUAGUGCCGCCGCCCAGGCAGCCGCGCUGCACCGCCGCCAGCGCCCCGCCGCCUGGCUCCCGUGCGCCCAUGCCGCCCCGUCUGCCGUGGCGGGGUGGGGCGCGGCAACAGUGGUGCACGCGGUGCGUAACUACGACUCGAUCCCGAAGCGGGAGCCUUUUAGCUUGAGCCACAGUAUCCUCGACGAGUUCCUCAGGCAGGAGAAGUCCCUCAUCCAGCGCACCAAAGACCAGAUCACAGAUUAUUGCACAACCAUUGAAGGUGAUGAAUGUUGCAGCUGUUGGGAUGCGUACGUUGAGCUGUAUAAACUUGAGCAAGAGCUCCCCAAAGAGGAAAUUGCAAGGAUGGUGAAGGAUUCAGAGGGAGAUGUAAGGUACCUUAUUGAUAGCAUCCAUCACCGUUCACAUCUACGGAGGAAGAUGGCUGAGAAAGCUUGUGAUUCAGUUUCAUCACGCUCUCUGGGGCAAACGUCGAAGCCAAGGCCUUUCCCUGUGCCUGAUGGGUUGCCAAAAACGCAGAAAGAACUUGAUGAAGAAGAGGAGGCCCUAAUGCCAGAGUCACCAUACACAAGGUUACUGAGAAUAAUGGGGAGAUAUCCUGAUUUGUACACCCCACACCCAGAUCAUGAGACUGACUGAAUCAAGUCAUUGACCAUCCAGAUUAUCCGAUUUGGAAAUUUUGCUAUGUGUGCCUUGUGCUAAGAUUAGAUUGCAGCUAUCCAGAUUAGAUUGUGGUUGCCCUGCUUUGCUAAAUAAGUUGUACAAUUGCGUGUGCUUCGUGGUGUCCAGCUCGCCUCUAGAAUUCAGAUAUCUUUUAUUCCCCUUUGAGGUUCAAUGUGCUGAUGUAUCUAUGUAUAUAUUCUGGAAUCAAAUAUCUGAAUUUGAUGAGUUUCUGGGCAUCCCA